GCUCCGCCUCCGCCUAUAAACCCCGCGCCACUGGACGCGGCUGAUCCGUUUUUCUUUCCCGUUUCACGAUUCGAGUCAGCGGUUUAGGGUUCGAGAUCUCCGCGUCGCGUCGCGGCAGCCAUGGCGGCAAGCACACUUAGUAUAGUCAAGGUGAGCAAUGUGUCACUGAAAGCAGCACAGCGUGAUAUAAAGGAAUUCUUUUCCUUUUCUGGUGACAUUGUGCAUGUUGAAAUGCAAAGUGGCGAUGAGCUCUCUCAAGUUGCCUACAUUACUUUUAAAGACAAUCAAGGAGCUGAGACGGCUAUGCUUCUCACGGGGGCCACAAUAGUUGAUAUGGCUGUCAUUGUCACGCCCACCACUGAUUAUGAGCUACCAGCUUCUGUUUUAGCUGCUCUAGAGCCCAAAGACGCAAAACCUUCUGCCCUUCAAAAGGCCGAGGACAUUGUUGGGACCAUGCUGGCAAAGGGAUUUAUCCUUGGUAGGGAUGCACUGGACAAAGCAAAAGCUUUGGAUGACAAGCAUCAGCUUACAUCAACUGCAACUGCUAGAGUAUCUUCCUUUGACAAGAGAAUUGGUUUAAGUGAGAAGAUCAGUGUUGGUACUUCAGCUGUAAAUGAUAAAAUGAAGGAAAUGGAUCAGAAAUACCAAGUCUCAGAGAAGACAAAGUCAGCAUUGGCAGCUGCUGAACAGAGUGUCUCGACUGCUGGAUCUGCCAUCAUGAAGAACAGGUAUGUCCUUACCGGAGCAGCAUGGGUAACCGAUGCGUUCAGUAAGGUCACCAAUGCCACAAAAGAUGUCGGUGCAAAGGCUAAUGAGAAAAUAGCAGCUGAGCAGGAGCACAAGAAUGUUGAGAUUGGGUCUGCACAGGCUAACAUCUCAGAAGCCCCUGCAGCACACAAUGAUUUGGACGGUGAAUUCGCAAAUAUACAUGUCUCCGGAACCCCUGAAGAUAUUCCCAUCCCUACAACGGCGACAGUCCCCGUUACAGAUGAGGAGACAAGCAAGGCGCCUCCACCUGCUGAUGCUCCUAAAAAGCCUGAACCUGCGCAGGGAUUGAUACUAUGAUAUGUUUUGCUUCAUACAUGCGUGUAAAUAGACAUGAGAUGUCUGUUGAACUCAUUUUGCACUGUUGUGGUUGCCAUCUUCUGAUUGAAACCUCUUUGAAGGUUGAAAUUUAUUGGGACCUAAAAGAGUUUGCAAUUUGUACCCAGUACUUUUAUCGAUUCAUCAUUAUUAUCCUGCAGUGGGGACAUGAAACGUAGUUCUUUUUGCUGUUGUUCGUGAUUUUUUGUUUUCAGAUGUACUUGAUUUUGUUUGAGAGAGAUUAUUGCUGCUAUUCACGAGAGUAUUAUCACGGAGGCUGUAACCAUAUGCGCUUAUGAAGUAGCAGUUUUUCU